AUGCCAAAUACUCCUGUUACCCUUCAUUUAAGAGCCGAAACCAAACCAUUGGAACAUAGAGCCGCUUUAACCCCAACCACAACUAAAAAAUUAAUCGAUGCCGGUUUUAAAGUUUAUGUUGAACAAUCAUCUCAAUCUAUUUUUAAUAUUAAAGAAUAUGAAGAUGCAGGUGCCAUUAUCGUACCUGAAGGUUCUUGGAAAACCGCUCCAAAAGACCGUAUGAUUAUUGGUUUAAAAGAAUUGCCAGAAAAUGAAACUUUCCCAUUAGUUCAUGAACAUAUUCAAUUUGCUCAUUGUUAUAAAGAUCAAGCUGGUUGGCAAGAUGUUUUAAAAAGAUUCCCUGAAGGUAAUGGUAUUUUAUAUGAUUUGGAAUUUUUAGAAAAUGAUCAAGGUAGAAGAGUUGCUGCUUUUGGUUAUUAUGCUGGUUUUGCUGGUGCUGCCAUUGGUGUUUUAGAUUGGUGUUUUAAACAAUUGAAUUCUGAUACUAAAAACUUGCCUGGUGUUUCUCCUUAUCCAAAUGAAGAUGCUUUAAUUAAAGAUGUUAAAGCUGAAUUGGAAAAAGCUUUAACUAAAACAAAUGGCGUUUAUCCAAAAUGUCUUGUUAUUGGUGCUUUGGGUAGAUGUGGUUCCGGUGCUGUUGAUUUGUUUAAAAAAGUUGGUAUUCCAGAUAAUCAAAUUGCUAAAUGGGAUAUGGCUGAAACAGCUAAAGGUGGUCCAUUCCAAGAAAUUGUUGAUCUGGAUAUUUUUGUCAACUGUAUUUAUUUAUCAAAACCAAUUGCUCCAUUUAUUAACAAACAACUUUUGAACCAAGAUAGUAGAAAAUUAAGAACAAUUGUUGAUGUUUCUGCUGAUACUACUAAUCCACAUAAUCCAAUUCCAGUUUAUAAAAUUGCUACUGUUUUCAAUGAUCCAACUGUUGUUGUUGAUCUUGAAAAAGGUCCAAAAUUAUCUGUUUGUUCUAUUGAUCAUUUACCUUCUUUAUUACCAAGAGAAGCUUCUGAAUUUUUCUCACGUGAUUUAUUGCCAUCAUUAUUGGAAUUACCAGAAAGAGAUACUGCUCCAGUUUGGGUCAGAGCUAAAAAUUUGUUUGACAAACACGUUGCUAGAUUAAGCAAAUUGUAA